GUUCCCAAAGCCCGGGGAGCAGGCAGGUCAGGCCCGCGCCGACGGACAGGCUGCCUGACUUGCAGGGCUCGAAAAGUCCGCUGCGAUGAAUCCAAACCCAGCUGCUCCAACUGCGAUCGCCUGCGUCUGCGAUGUGUUUACAAGCCGCCCAUCGCCCUCGACUCGUGGGCGUCUUCAUCUCGCCCGUCGAGCGAGUCGACCAUACCGGCGCCCACUGCGUCUCCGGCUGCCCCAGCACCGGCAAUGGGCCGUGUUCCGGCGGCAGCGGCAGCAGCCGCCGCCGCAGCCACGACGGCAUCGCAGCGCUCGCCCGAUCUCAACUUCUUCAACACUGUGCUCCGUUCUGAUGAGCACAGCCAGACCAUUUCAGCGCCGACAAACCCACUCCAACGACUCAAUACAGACCCAAACUCAUACCCGAUGGAUCUAGGAGGGGCGUUCGACAUGCUGGGGUUCAUGGGCGGGAUUACUUCGGAGCUGGAGCAGAAACACCUCGAUCUAACAAGCGGCCUUGCCGCAGAAUUUACUGCCAGCCCGUCGUCGCAUUCAAUACCCGCAGGGAUUGCCUCAAACGGUGUAGAAGAGACUGCUCUUGCUGUGAACCGACACACGCCGCUCAGUCCCGCCAGCGUCUCAGACGCAGCGACUACGCGCGGCAGCUGGUCGGAUGCGGGCACAUCGUAUGAAGACCAACUGCUGCAGCAGUUUCUCGUCAUGGAGCCACCUGCGGCCAUCUUCGCGCCUGUCGCAAUGGAGUGGAAGUAUGUGCGGCCGGCAAUUGUCGCUCACGCGCGGGAAUUCAGCCCGCUUUUGAAUGCUGUGUAUUGCUACGUGGAUAUUCAUACUGCUAUGGCAGAGCGAAAGCGAUGGCGCUGGGCGCCUACGUAUUAUCGGGUGUCGAGCUCGGAGAUGCAGGCGUGUCUUCUGGGGGAGGUGGCGGAGUCGACAUUGGUCAAGGUCUUUGCGGCCGUAUUUCUUUUGAUGCUAUCCGAGGUUUUCUCCUCGCCUGAGCUAUGUGCUCCGGGGACGUCGUAUCUGCAUUCUGCGUAUCUCCUCUUGCAGCGGUUUCACGGACGUACUCGAUCCUGGACAGGGCUCGGACAUCUCCUGGUAUCCUGGAUCUCACUACUUGAUGUCAAGUCGUUGAUUGCAGGCCGGGAAGGUGACCCACUGAUCGAGCUGGGCAACCCACCGGAGAAUGGGACAGCGGCCAAGCCCUUUGAGAUACAUAGUCCUCGCACACCCCGUAUGGCAGUUUCAGCAGACGAUAAAAAGCUGGAGGAAGGUACCGAGGACACCUUCCACAGUCCGGGCUAUCUUGUAUACGAAGCCAUCGUCGGGCCGGCAUUCCGAUUCUACGUGCAAGCACAGCAGAUUGUACGGCGUAUAGUGUGCAUUGAUCUGCACCACCGCAGCCGCGGCACGCUCAGCGACGAGUUCGAGGUGCUCCAGAUCGCACACAAAGUCGGCGCAGACCUCGAGAUGCUCUGGCACCGACGACCUCCCGUGAUCGACGUGUAUGAACGGCCAGAGGCCCUGAUCGAUACACUAUGCACGCCCGUCGCUGUAGAGGUCUGCCGCACUUUUCGCCAGUACGUGGCCAACUUCCUGGCCAAUUUCAUUUACCUGCACCGCGUCGCCUUUGCCAUCUACCCGCGCACCGACCGCGUCAACGGCGCCGUCGACCAGAUCAUCCAGCUCGCCACCGUUGAGUCAGCCGGUGCUGCGGUCACCUCUGCCCGUCACCUACCAGUCAGUUUCCUGUGGCCUCUGUUCGUGGCGGGCCUGGAAGGUUCACACGAGCAGCGUCAGUGGAUCAUUCAUGAGAUGCAGCGCAUGGCCGCAGCGCCCGAGUCUGACGACCCGGCGGCAUCACCGGACCGUCAUCCGACUGCCGACAAGGUGCUAUUGUUGUUAGAGGAGAUGACUCGUCGCCAGGAUGCAUCGCGCACAUGGGCAGAUUCGCGAUGUGUGCGGCGGGAGUUGUUCUCGGACUUUUAUGUCAUGAUUUGA